UAAUUAAAAAAAAAAAAUGGAAGCUUCUGUGGGAACGAUUUCCGAAGGCGAAUGGAACUCUACGUUCAUCGGGAUGUGUUCCGACGAAGCGGAUUUCAUGGCACAACUGCUCGGUAGCUGUUCGACUCCGAACGAAUCGAGUACGGGCUUUGCAUGGCCCAUUUACGAAUCCAAUACGGGCUUUGCAGGUGAUGGUUCCAUGUAUUCUCCGGAAGAAACUAAUAAUAACAAUAACAAUAACAAUAAUAAUAAUACUGCUAGCAUGUAUAGUUCCUCUUGGAGUGCUACUAGCAAUAAUAGCCAGGAGUGCUACUAUCCUGGCAGUAGUGUUUCUCAUCAAUUUUUCGGGAAUAGUAAUAAUAAUUUGGUGGCGAUGGAUCAUAUUUACUGCCCGAACAACGGUAAUGCGAUGGAAGGGUAUCAUGAAUUCAUGAAUCCUGACGUCGGCGGCGAUGCUAUGGAGUACUCCGAUGAGAAACCGAUGGAGCAGAAAUUGCUAAUGCCAGAGCAGCCGUUGAAGGCUUGUGAGAUAUCCAAGAAACGAACUCGCAUCAAUGGAGAAGUUCAAAGAAGCAAGAGAAGCAUGAAGACGAAGAAUUGUAGAAAGUUUGAUGAUGACGAAGAAGAUAACAAUAACAAUAACAAUAACAAAAGCAAUGCAGUGCUUAACAGGCAGAGCUCAAGUGUGGGUUGUUCGGAAGAUAAUUCGAUUGUUUCACAUGAAAUGAAAGGAGUUGCUUCGGGCUUAUGCUCGAAGGGAAGCGGGCCCGCGUCUCUCAGCGUAAGCGAAAAGACGCGGGCCGGCAGGGGUUCAGCUACCGAUCCCCAGAGCCUCUAUGCUAGGAAAAGAAGAGAAAGAAUAAAUGAGAGAUUGAGAGUGUUGCAAAACCUAGUCCCUAAUGGAACUAAGGUUGAUAUCAGCACAAUGCUUGAAGAGGCUGUUGAGUAUGUCAAGUUCUUGCAGCUUCAGAUUAAGGCAGAAAUUUAG